AGGUGCUUUGCUCCCCAAAAUGGGCAGCGGGUGGGUUAUCUGGGUACUAGGGGGAAGGAUGGAUUUGGUCCCCCCUGGAGGGGGGAGCAUCCCGUGCAAGUCAUGUGCCCGGGGCCAUCGAUUUACACCCGGGGCCAUCGAUUGGUGCUGUCACACGUGGAAGAAAACCGGGAGAAAACCCAUUUCCUCCUCUCUUCUCUUCAGGGCGCUUGAGAAAUUCACUGAUGUGGCUUUAGAUGUGAAGCCAAGGCGGAGGGACGCCUCUCCUCCCCGCGCUCUCAAGGCAGUUUAACGCCGGUUAUUUUUAGCAGAAGACAAGGAUGAAUAAAAAUAUCCCCUAUUUUAUUUUAAUUUUUUUUUUCUUUUUCAGGAACCGCCGCUCUCACAUCACAGGAGGUGCUCGGGGGCCGGCAUGAGGAAGGACAUCACCGGUGAAGGGGGGUGUCCGGCCUUUGCUCCUCGGUUCCGGUGGGGGACAAGGCUUUCCCCCGGACCCCCCCUCCUUUCGGGGCCGGGUGACGGCCGUGCGGCAGGCGCAGGGCUGGGGGAGGCCAUGUGUGGUGGAGGGGGAGGGGGAACAAGCAGUGCCCCUGGCAGCCGCCCCGAAGCCGGCCGGGAUUAUUUAUGGAGCAGAUUUCCUCCAGAAUUCCAAUGGGUGCCAUCAGUGUCUAAAUUACAGCUGGAAAAAUUGAACUCGGCAUCAAAGAGCAGACCUGCGAGCAAGCAUCCGUGAAGGCAACGCUGCCGUAAGCCUGGCCCGGGGGAGUUUGCUGGCUCAACCUGUGGGAAUCGGGGGGGCGCAGGUUGGGAGCAGCGGGCGCCAGCUCCAACACAAGCCCGGUACUUGUGUGAAAUCCCCACCGUGUCUGGGUGGGCACCUCCCAGGGACGCCCCCCUCCCCCCCCCCCCAGGACCUUCAACCUUCUCCAGCGAUCGCGUGGUGGCAAGGUCCGGGGCUUAUGCAAGGAGACCAUGACCACUGAUGAGGCCACCAAGAGCGAAGGGGAGGUGCAGGCGGCGACUCUCGCCGAGCGCGGGGAGGACAUCACGCCGGCUCGAGACCGGGGGGUCCUGAAGAUCAUUAAACGACCCGGGAGCAAAGACGAGUCCCCCAUGAUCGGGGACAAGGUUUACGUCCACUACAAAGGCAAACUGGCCAGCGGUAAAAAAUUCGACUCCAGCCGCGAUCGGAACGAGCCCUUUGUUGAGCUGCUUGACUUCAAAGGCGAGGACUUGUUUGAGGAUGGAGGGAUAAUCCGGAGGAUCAAGAGGAAGGGAGAAGGUUACUCCAACCCUAACGAAGGUGCUACGGUGGAAAUUCACCUGGAGGGAUUCUGCGGCGGCACCAGGUUCGAUUGCAAAGACGUGAAGUUCGUGGUGGGCGAAGGGGAGGACCACGACAUCCCCAUUGGCAUCGACAAAGCCCUGGAGAAGAUGCAGAGGGGAGAGCACUGCGUCCUCUACCUCGGGCCGCGGUACGGCUUUGGCGAGGCGGGGAAGCCAAAAUACGGCAUCCAGGCGAACGCGGAGCUGGUGUACGAGGUUACGCUGAAAAGCUUUGAAAAGGCUAAGGAGUCGUGGGAGAUGGACACCAAAGAGAAGCUGGAGCAGGCUGCCGUCGUCAAGGAGAAAGGCACGAUGUACUUCAAGGAAGGCAAAUACCUGCAGGCGGUGAUUCAGUACGGGAAGAUCGUGUCCUGGCUGGAAAUGGAGUACGGCUUGUCUGAGAAAGAGUCGAAAGCCUCCGACUCCUUCCCCUCCUGGCUCUUCCUCAACCUGGCCAUGUGCUACCUGAAGCUGCGAGAGUACGCCAAAGCCGUCGAGUGCUGCGAUAAGGCGCUAGGACUGGACCAGGACAACGAGAAGGGCUUGUACCGGAGGGGUGAAGCCAGGUUAUUAAUGAACGAGUUCGAGCUGGCAAAAUGUGACUUUCAAAAAGUGCUGGAAGUGAAUCCACAGAACAAAGCAGCGAAAUCCCAGAUCUCCGUCUGCCAGAAGAAAACGAAGGAGCACAACGAGCGGGACCGGAGGAUCUACGCCAACAUGUUUGCGAAGUUUGCGGAGAGGGAUGCAAAGGAAGCAGCUAGCAAAACCGGGACCGAAAAAGCAGUGGAGAAAGCAGCUUGUGAAAAGGGACCGAAAGCUCCCGGUCCUGAAGAAGAAGAGGCCGAAGGACACGUAUGAUGGAGGAGGAGGGGAAGGGAGAGCCUCCUGCCCUUGGCCCAUGCAGAAAAAGGUUGCUGCCAGACCUUGGGACUCGCCAGUGUUUUUUUUGUAAAGCUUGUUACAGUUUGUGUGAUCGUGGAAGCAAAAAGCGCCUCGCAAAGAAAAACGAACCCCGUCCCACCGCCCUGGGUGCGCUCGGGGGCAGAGCGGGAGCGGCGGGACGCCGUGGGACCACCGCACGUGGAACAAAUAGCUUUUAAAC